AUGGGUCUCCCACUCUACGUCGCGCGAAGCCCUACCUCGGAAUCGGAUUCACAGGCUAAGAAACGUGAUAAGAUCCCUGGAUCUACUCGAAGCAUUCGGCGACGCGCGCGGAUUGAUGAUUUGGCGCGCGACUCGGAGCGGGAGCGAGCUCGACGUCGCCAGCGAGCCGUCUUCAUCGCCAACUAUGUGAACGAGCGUAGCAGCGACGAAGACCAACCAGCUGGCAGUGAAGAUGCGCGACCAAGAGAUCUCGGAAGGUCCUGGGGCUUCUCGCAGCCGAGACGUUGGGACCGUUCCGACGUUGAUCAAAUGCGACGUCUGGAGAACCGAGUGCGGGACCAGGCCGCUUAUGAGCUAGAGCUCAUGGCUCGCUCGAAUAGAGAUUCGCUGGACGCCGUGCUGCCCCAGAACGACGGCGAUGCCGGUUCCGGCGGAGAGGAGAGACGACGACUGAGCGCUGGAUUCUUGGACGGAGUCCGCCGUGCUCGUGAGGCUCGCCGAGCCCGCGAAGCAGAGCGAACUCGUUCGAAUCUUACUGGUGACUCCCGUCAGCCGGUCAUCGGGUUCGAUCCGUGGGAAUUAUAUCUCUUGCAAACGGGGCGCUAUUCCGAGAUAGAGCUGAGUAAUCUGGAUGAUAGCCGUAACCCGUUACAAGAUUCUACACCAGAUGAGGAGGAAGACGACAAUAAUGAGGCGUGGGAUACCCUUCUUACUACCCUAACACCCGACCCACAGCCUCCUAGUGUAGGAUCCUCCUUCGCGUCUGCGACGGGCCCAGCGCCGGCUGCUGCGACCGCGGCUACUGCUACAGGCCAAACCGUGACGCGAUCAACCUUGUCAACGUCCGCCAGCCGGGUACCAGCGCCGACACACGAUUGCGGCGGCGUUUGUGAGAUUUGUGCCCGCGCUCGUGCCUCGGCUACCUUCACGUAUCCUCGUAUCCCGCAGCGGCCCGACGCCGGACGUAGCUUGAGGCGAGCAGCGCCAGACACUAUCCCCCCUCCAGCUGGCUUCACCUUUUACGACCGACGACAACACUGGCGACAAAUGAGAGACUUCGCUCGGGAGAUACGAGCGGAUUCGGUGGAGCGCUACACCGACCGCAUUAUUGAUGAACUCAAUCGGAUCGAGAGGCGUGGCGGCAUCAUCCCGGCGGGCGCGCCCCUCAACUGGAGGCCGCCGCUUGCUUCCCGAGGUGAUCGUCCCGAUGGCUUUGAAGACAGCCGAGACGGCUUCGCGGAUGACACUGUGAAUCCCUUCUUCUAA